AUUCUGCGGGCGAACAAUUACGCUAAUUAAAUCGGUUGGAUGGACAAUCAAACGGAAUUUUCGAGAUGGGAGAAAAUGAAACUAAGCGGAUCCACAACCAAAGUACUUGCGCGAACGAAAAGCACGCGCAAGUUACGCUGAUUAAGUUUCAAAUCGCAGAGAGAUGGCGGAUUGAGCUUCAAACAGAGGAACAUUUACACGCAAAUGCACUUAUCAAAAUAAUCCGUGCUGAACUCGAUGAGAAUAAAUCAGAAUUCCAACGAAAAUCAAGAAUGAGCGAUAUAAAACACACGUUUACCAGCACUGGUGGCCAACUGCCUCGGUUUCCAAUCAUUAGAGCAAACAAAACCCGUUUUCUUUGCGCAUACAGCUAUUGGGACUCUAAUUAGCAACAGUGUCUCACUGAUUUAAUCAUCAUGUACGUGCAACAAACUUUGUUCAUCUAAGGUCUUUCAU